AUGGAUCCAGUGCCUCCACUGCCCCGUUACUUCUACCGCGUCCAGACCCCAGAUUCCUUUACGUACUACGAUACAGAAAGUGGUUUUGAAUCGAGAGGCCACUACCUCAUGCCUCUGUCUCACUGGAUCAACAGAGGCAGAUUCGAAAGACAUCUCGACUGGAAUGACCGAUCGUCCGAGCCCACGCCUUUCAUCUCCGUUUUUGACAAUGAGAAGGACGCGCAAAAACGUGUAGAUUUUUACAUCUCUCACGGUCGUCCUUGGGUCUUGCUGGCACGCAUCGACACGUCGUCUCUCCAUGCUGACGCCCUGGAAAUCGAGUUCGCAGAUCGACUAGUCCAGCUACCGGUGUGGAGAAACGACGGUGGCGUUAUCUUCGUCUCCAUGGAGGCGGUUUGGAGGCACUUUGGCGUGAAUCCUCGCGUGGGCCAACGUUCAGAAUGGUUCGCGUUGGACAGCAUCCCGGCGAUUAUGAUAGAAUGGACGAGACUGGUCCAUCACUUACAGGUGGCAUAA